AAUAUUAAAUUACCAUCUGAUUGACAGGUACACUGGUCAUCCAUGAUUACAUAAUACCAAUCCGGAAGAACCGGCUUUAACUUUCCAUUCGUUCGAUCGAAAAGAAAAGAAAACCUCAUCUGAUUUCAUGUGGCGUGGAUCCUUACUAUUAAGAGCUUUCCCAUGAAGUAAACCCCAACUACCCGCUUAUUAUUGAUGGAAAGUAAGAAAAGUUACAACAACUAAAAGCUAAAAGGCGUGGCAUCCCUUUUAAUAUCUUUUGGAAAGAAAAGUGGAAGAUCCAGGAAGAGAGAAGAGAUGAGGUAUUGAUUUUUAUUGAUAAAGUGGGAGAAGAUCGGAAAAGAAGUCGUUAUCAAAUUGUCUCCCAUCUGCCUUUUCUUCUCUUCAUCACCCUCACUCGACUACAUACACACUUUCUUUAUCCUCUCUUUCCCAUUUAUACUUUUAUUAUCAUAACCACCCACUGUCAGCCUUCGAUAUUCCACCAUACAUCAACACAUUACACAUUCCUUUCGUGAGCAACACGGUAACUGCAGCUAUCAAUUGGCUACUCAAUUUUAAUCAAUUCUAAACUUACAAUAAUAACAAUACAAUACUCUCGACAUAAUGGCGAACCUAACCACCCUUUCGAUCAAUACAACAACAAUGUCCGACCUUCCGCCACUUCCUUCUUAUACUCUCACUCCUCUUAAACCACUCAUCCCUUACGUAUCCGAUUUCUACCUCUCUCUCAUUCUGCCAAUUGCUGCAUACUGGAUUGUGUCCCUCACCUUCCAUUUAAUCGAUACUCUAGACAUUUGGCCCCAAUACCGCUUGCAUACACCGGCAGAAAUCCUCAAACGCAAUCAUGUCUCCCGUUACGAAGUCGCUCGCGAUGUCAUCAUUCAACAAAUUGUUCAAACAGUUGUUGGAGCUGUGCUAGGUCUUACUGAGCCGGAAGAAAUGGCCGGAAAAACUGAUUUCGAUAUCGCGAAUUGGGCGCGAAGAAUACGCAUAGCACAAAGAGCUUUACCCUCUAUUUUAAGUCUAAUUGGACUUAAUGCAUCCGCGAUAUCGAAAAAUGUAUCAGGAAACUGGCCUAUGGUUGCCGGAGUAUUGGCUGGUGGUAACUAUCCUGGUUUAAUCGAUGGUUUGGAUAUGGUCAGUGGUCAAGAAAUUCCGGCUUUUGCGAAAUGGGAAAUGUGGGCUGCGAAGAUGAUAUAUUGGUAUAUCGUACCGGCUAUACAAUUUGGGUUGGCGGUCGCUAUUGUGGAUACUUGGCAAUAUUUUUUGCAUAGAGCUAUGCAUAUGAAUAAGUGGUUGUAUAGUGAGUUCUCAUUUUAGUGAACCUCUCCACGUGAAACGAUAAUCUAACUUGUGAUUUUACAGCAACUUUCCACUCCCGUCAUCAUCGUCUCUAUGUUCCAUAUGCCUAUGGAGCACUGUACAAUCAUCCCUUUGAAGGUUUUCUCCUCGAUACUCUUGGUGCAUCGAUCGGCUAUAAAGUUGCUGGCAUGACACCUCGUCAAGGAAUGGCAUUUUUCGUCGCUUCAACGAUUAAAACUGUAGAUGAUCAUUGUGGUUAUGCACUUCCAUGGGAUCCUCUUCAACAUAUCACAAGUAAUAAUGCAGGAUAUCAUGAUAUCCAUCAUCAAAGUUGGGGAAUUAAAACAAAUUUCAGUCAACCUUUCUUCACUUUUUGGGAUAGAAUAUUAGGGACUGUUUGGGUUGGGGAUACUACCGGAAGGUAUGAGAGAAGUAGGAAGGCGGCAGAACUAUUGGUUGAGGCGGAUAAGGUUCAAGUCGUGGAGAAAGAAUUGUGAGUGGUGGAAAUGCAGUGGAUAAACGUAUGAAGGAAAUGAGAGGGAAGAGAAAGGAUGUAUAUUACGACCACCACACAAACAAUGCUUUGAUGGGGGAUUUGGGAUUCUUCUUCUUCAACGACUACCAUUCUAUGUAUUGAUUGGAAAUUUGGGAUAAUACUUUCGGGGAGCAUCUUUUUGUAGAGAAGGGAAAGUGGGCGCUUUUCUAUAAGGGAGAUUAUGGAGGGCGAUGGGGUGUGUACAUUAUGAAAGAUUCGAUAAGAAGCCAAGAUGGCUGGUGGUGGGAUUAUGGCGAGAUCUGAUUCACUUCAAGUGCAGAAUUCAUUUGGUCAAGGCAGUAGACGAGUGGAAUUGAUGGAUAAUGACAAGGAAUGGAGUGGAAAGGAAAGGACGAUAUUCAACUUAAGUUCAUCAAGGGAGAUGAGGAUAAGGAAGCCGGCGAGAUAAUAGGAUAAAUGGAAUGCAAUGAGGAUGACCAUGAAUGGAUGAAGAUGAGAACAGAGCGAAGGGCAGAGAAAGGAUACGGUUAAUAGUAAUAUUAUAACCUUUUAUUCUUGUUUAUUAAAUUACUUUGG